CCCGCCGCAGGGAUGGGCCGCCGAGGCGGCGGAGGCGGCGGCGGCGGCGGCGGCCCGGAUAAGGCGUUCCAAGUCCCUUGUGGCUCUCUUGGGAGGAGAGUCAGGAGUGCUCUCCGCUCUUGCCGUAAGAACAUCCAGGUUUGACUUACACGCUGGCGCUCUGACACUGAGGAGCUGCACUUGGGCUCCAGGAGUUCCUCGUUUUCAUUGGAGUGGUUAGUUCUCUGUGGAUGGAGACGGAUUGGAGUCUUGAUUGCCCUGUGUUCGAGGUUUCUCCAUAGUCUGCACCGCUUCAUAAACUGGGCCACUUCCCAAUGAGCUACACAGCCAGUCCUUGUGAGGAGCUGGCUGAGAACCGUGCAGCACAUGCCGCAGGGAUGGCACAGGAAGAGAGCCGUCGGAGUCAGGCGCCACCCACCUUCUACCACGGUGCCAGCCAGGAGCUCGACCUGUCCACCAAAGUGUACAAACGAGAGUCUGGAAGCCCUUACUCUGUGCUAGUAGACACCAAGAUGAGCAAACCGCAUCUCCACGAGACGGAGGAACAGCCAUUUUUCAGGGAGACCAGGGCAGUGUCUGAGGUGCACACUGUCAAGGAAGACCGGGAGAAUUCUGACGACACGGAGGAGGAGGAGGAGGAGGAAGUCUCUUACAAAAGGGAGCAGAUCAUAGUGGAGGUAAACCUUAAUAAUCAAACAUUAAAUGUGUCUAAAGGGGAAAAGGGUGUCUCUUCUCAGUCCAAAGAGACUCCUGUUCUUAAGACAAGCAGCGAGGAAGGAGAGGAAGAGAGCGAGGAGGAGGCUACAGACGACAGCAAUGACUACGGAGAGAACGGACGGCAGAAGAAAAAGGAGAAGCGAGUGGAGAAAGUCAGGGUUACACAAAGGCGAAGCCGGAGAGCUGCCUCUGUUGCCGCAGCUACCACUUCCCCUACACCUCGCACAACUCGAGGCCGGAGGAAGAGUGCAGAGCUACCCAAGCGGAAGAAGCGGGCCACCAAGGAGCCCAAAGCACCAGUCCAGAAAGCUAAGUGUGAAGAGAAAGAGACUCUGACCUGUGAGAAGUGCCCCAGGGUGUUUAAUACUCGCUGGUACCUGGAGAAGCACAUGAACGUUACUCACAGGCGCAUGCAGAUCUGUGAUAAAUGUGGCAAGAAGUUUGUCCUGGAAAGUGAGCUGUCCCUUCACCAGCAAACAGACUGUGAAAAAAACAUUCAGUGUGUUUCCUGUAACAAAUCCUUCAAGAAACUCUGGUCCCUUCAUGAACAUAUCAAGAUUGUCCAUGGAUAUGCAGAAAAAAAAUUUGCCUGUGAGAUUUGUGAAAAGAAGUUCUAUACCAUGGCUCACGUGCGGAAACACAUGGUCGCACACACAAAAGACAUGCCAUUUACAUGUGAAACCUGUGGAAAAUCUUUCAAGCGCAGUAUGUCACUCAAGGUGCACUCCUUGCAGCAUUCUGGAGAGAAACCCUUCAGAUGUGAGAACUGUGAUGAGAGGUUCCAGUACAAGUACCAGCUGCGCUCCCACAUGAGCAUCCACAUUGGGCACAAGCAGUUCAUGUGCCAGUGGUGUGGCAAGGACUUCAACAUGAAGCAGUACUUCGAUGAGCACAUGAAGACGCACACUGGAGAGAAACCUUUUAUCUGUGAAAUCUGCGGCAAAAGCUUCACCAGCCGGCCCAACAUGAAGAGGCAUCGCAGAACUCACACAGGCGAGAAGCCUUACCCCUGUGACGUGUGUGGCCAGCGGUUCCGCUUCUCUAACAUGCUGAAGGCCCACAAGGAGAAGUGCUUCCGAGUGACCAGUCCAGUGAACGUGCCGCCAGCUGUCCAGAUCCCUCUGACCUCGGCGCCGGCUGCUCCCGCUCCAGCUGUGCCCAACACUCCCACCAGCCCAGCCCCCGCAGUCAGUAUGAACCCCGUGGGCGGUGGUGGCACGCUUCCCUCAAGGCCCGUCCCGCACCCUUUCUCACACCUGCACAUCCACACGCAUCCGCAUCAUGCCCACCACCUCCCCAUUCCACCUGUGCCUCACCUGCCCCCACCCCCGGCCCUCUUCAAGAGUGAGCCCCUAAACCACAGAGGCCAGAGCGAGGACACCUUCCUGAGGCACCUGGCAGAGAAGAACAGCGCGGCCCAGGCCCAGCAUCAUUAGCGCCCACCCGAGUGUCACCCCCGCGGUGAGUUGGCAGAAGGGUGCAGCUGUGCCUCUCUGGGGUCUCCCUGUCUCCACGGCCUCCCGAAUUCCGGGUCUUGGCCUUUGUGCUGGUGAACCAUCAGACUGACCCGAGGGAGUGAACAAGAAGACUGCCCUCGUAACCAGGGGAACCACCGAACUAACGCUCAGUUUGCUUGCAUUUUCUGAUGACUUUUCUAAAUUUCAGAUACUCAGACUGUGGAAUUUUAUAAUUUCAUAUCAGCGGAUGAGGUAUGCUUGCUUUUAUAUCCUGGUCUUCUCCUCAAAGAGGGGACGGGCCUGGUUUCCUUUAUACUAAUCGGGGAGGCUGUGAGAUUAAUCCAGAGCAUUAACUGUAUCACUGUGUAUUGUAAUGAAUUCUUUUCAGCUUUUGGUGCUGACUGCAGUCGAGCUGGCCACGUUUCACACAAUAUCAAGCAUUAUAGAGAAGAUGGGAAUUUUCUUCUUUGUGUAGCUCUUUUAACACACUCUUUAUUUUACUACAGAAAUUAUUUUAGAGUUUUUGUAUAGACUUUAGUAGUCUGUUUCUAAAAUGAAAUGUAUUUCAAUAAGCUGUGUAAUUUUUUCAGUGUAGCUAAACCCAUGUUGUAAAAUAGAUAAAUUUUUUAUAAUCAUCAAAAUGUGAUUCUUAAAGAUACAUAUAAUAAGUUCUAUUUCAAAUUUAUUCUUACAUCCGUACAACUCAAAGGUGCUUCUGAGACUGGAUGGGGGUCAGCAGACCAGGUUACUACAAAAGCAAGGUUCAACCUAAGUGCUCAGGAACUUGAAAACCCCUGCUGGGCACUCAGUCUGUCAGGCUCCCGGACACCUCCAUCCUUGGUGUCCCUUUGCGCCUGUGGAUUCAGUGGGGUGCUGUGCUGGGGUGGGGUCAUCAAAAGCUUGCCUGAUUUGGAAAUCUGAGGCACGGUGUGAAUACCUUCAGAAGGAAGUGGCAGAGGAUUCCUUUUGAUCACAUCUGCUCCUCACUUCUGUAGGAACUGUGUCAUGCUCAGCUGUUAGGGGAAGAUAAAUUGGAAUCUCUUAUUUUGAAGUUGCUGUGUUUUCCAAGAGUUGGUAAGAGAAGCUAAAUGGUGAACUGAAAUCACAGAUGUAGUUGCUGAUAGUGGCUGAGAAAUGGGGGGGAGAAGACAAAUUGGCUUUUAAGUUUCAAAAUGUCUGCAGUCUCUAAAGUGUGGGUGUCCACACUGAUCUGCACCUGCCAUUUCUAUUGUAGUGAGAGGAACUCCCCUGCCCCAGUACUGCUGCCCCAUCCUCGUAGGUAGGCGUGACAGCAGCAUCUUAGAUGAGGAAGGAGCGACAGCUCUGCCCCGGGCACCUCACUCGGUCACUUGAGGGACUUGCACAGAGCGUGGUCACCCGGAGCGGAUUAUGUGGAAAGCUAAGAAGGGCUGACACAGUGGUUUCAGUUGAGCUGGCAGAUGUGUGCAGCGGAGCUACACACCUUACACUUCUUCGCCUUAGAGAGCGAGUCCAAAAAGUGGCCACUUACCUUCCCCUUCUCUCCUUAAAAAAUCUCAGAACUCUCUCAUUUCUCUUUCCUCAGGCUCUCAAAUCAGAACCUUAGCUGUUAUUUGUUAUCUUUGAUAUUAAAUGUGCAGAUAUG